AUGUUCUCUUCAUUGUUUUUUAGAGACGUAGAACAAGGGGAACCGGAAGAACGGUAUGACUCACCACUACUACUUCCAGUGUCAACAGAUCAAGAGACAAUGCAUAGUAAUGGACAUAGAAAACACCACAACUUACCAAAACUCAAAGAGGACCUCCCACCACCGGCUACACCAGAUCCAACGCCAGUUCCUGAUACACCAGAAACUUGCACUAAAAACUGCAGAAGAAACGACAGGCGAUUGCGCAGGCUGAACACAGACCUUCUAGAAGCCAUAGAAUCUUACAAUGUCGAAGAAAUUGAAACAUUAUUGGAGGAAGGUGCAAAUCCAAACGCGACAUGUCGCCUAGAUAACGUGUCUUCUUGCCACCUAGCAGCGUUAACUGGUGGGGACGCUCUGUCUUUGUUACUAAAGUUUGGCGCUGACAAGAACCGCCUCGACAAAUUUGGAAGGACACCCAUACAUCUUGCUGCAUAUGCUGGAAACGCACGACAGAUGGCUAUGCUUUUGAAUUUUCCUGAAGACAUGCAAAAGCGCGUGGAUACAGAUGAUAUGUCAUCUGAAGCUGAAGAGGAUGUUAAGAAAAUGUGUCCUGUAACUAAAGAUAUGGUGAAUGUUAGGUGUGAUGUUGAAGAAGUGAAUACAGUGUUACCGAAGAAUUGGAAAGAUGACAUAGACCACAACUGCAUGGGCAUUAAAGGCAGUUUACCACAACUCCAGCCAGGUUGGACGCCACUGCACGUAGCAGUGUCAUGUGCAAGACGCCACUGUACAAGGUUGCUUUUAGCCGCAGGAGCCAAUCCUAAUAUUUGCGAUGUGUUUGGUCGAACUGCACUUGAUGUUGUUGGAUCAGCUCAUCACCAUGAUGAAGAGAUAAACUCGGCAAAUUUUACAGAAGUAAUCAAGAUGCUGAUAAAAGCUGGUGGAACUCAUAAUUCUAUGAAAGCACACGGUCUAAAUAACAUUGACACGCCACUGCACACUGCUGUUGAAUUGUGCAAUAUCGAUAGCAUUAAAGAACUGCUGGACAUUGGUGUGUCCAUAAAUUGUUUGAACUCAGCUGGACAAACGCCUUUACACCUUUCCGUGAAGAAGCGAUUGGAACAACCUCUACAGGUUCUAGCUAAUUAUCCUUAUGAUGAUGCAGACCAUCUUUCAGCUAUUGUUGAUGUAAAAGAUAGGGACGGACAUACAGUGCUGCAAGUUGCUGUAGAAGAGACUUGGGUAGCGGGUGUCUGUGUUGCUCUUGAAGCAGGCGCUGAUGUUACUUUAAAGGCAAAUGAUGGAGAAACUCCAAUACACUCAGCCGCUGCCUUGGGUAAUUUAGAUGUCCUAUUGGAAGUUCUAAGUGUAGCUAAACAACAGGGCAUUCUCGACAGUCAAAACGAUAAAGGCGAAACACCUCUGUUUCAAGCGAUCAUAAAUGGUCACCAUGAAUGUGUUAAGACUCUUCUCGAAGAAGGAGCAUCCAUUUACGUCAAACUACCUGGCAACGUUAACGUUUUACAUGCAGCAGCUGAACAUGGGCACAAAGAUAUUUUACAAACCUUAUUGGAGCACAAACAUUUUAAAGCAUUACAUUUAAUAAACGCUGUUACUACUGCUGAAAGAAAAGGUUUUGGUCCUAUUCAUUUUGCUGUAACGAGUAAUUGUAUAGACUGUGUUGAGCUAUUAUUGUCUAAUCAUGCUGAUGUUAAAUUAAGAACCACAAACACACCACAUCAUUCAUCGACAGCCUUACAUCUGGCUGCUGAGUACAACUUGGUAGAUAUAGCUAACUUCAUUAUAAAGUUUGACAAAACAACUCUUUAUGAUUAUAACGAUAAGGGCUGCUCUCCGCUGCAUGCGGCCAGUUAUCACGGUAGCAGAGAUGUUAUAUUGACUCUACUACAAAAUGGAGCAGAUUUAUCAUGUUACACAGAGAGCCCGAGAAAAAAUAAACGUACCGCUAUCGAAAUAAUUGUUAAUAAUUUGUCUAAGCCCACUGAGUUUAUGGAAGAUGUUUUUGACUCGUAUGUAUCUAGCAACUGCCAAACCUUUGAGGAUGCGAAUUGUGAGAUCACAGUUGAUUACAGGAUACUUAUGCCAACGGUGUGCGAAACAGAGCAAAUGAAAGUAAUAGAAGCACUUCUGAAAACCGGAAAUAGAUACGGGCAGAAGAGAUUACUUGUCCACCCAUUACUAGAAAGCUUUCUGUACUUAAAAUGGAAAGCGUUGUUGCCGUUUUUCUACACCAUAAUAGCGGUUUAUGGCCUUUUCGUUUCUUCUGUCACAAUUUUCAUAAUUUCAACAUUCUUCUAUAAGGAUACCGAAGAAAAUCCGCCAACUUGUCUCGGUCCUAAUAUUUGGAGUUACUUUAUAUACGCUACAGUAUUUUUAAUAAUUUUUCAAGAAAUACUCUAUAUGAAUGUUAAAAGUACAAGAUAUUUCUUUCAAAUGGAAACUUGGAUUAAGUUUGGUUCCGUCGUGUUUGCCACGAUACUUCCUAUUUCCGUUGAAUUAUCAACUGAAGCUGAGUGGUCCCGACAUAUAGCUACUUUGGCUUUACUUUUGUCGUGGAUAGAACUCAUGUUUCUCCUUUCAAGGUUUCCGAAUUGGGGUUAUUACGUUCUCAUGUUUGGGAAAGUCGCUUCAAAUGUUAUAAAAAUACUUUUAACAUUUGCCUUCUUAGUAAUUGGGUUUUCGUUGAGCUUUAUGAUACAAUUUCACUCAAAAAUUCCUUUUGAGAGUCCGUGGGCGUCAUUUGUAAAGACCAUGGUAAUGAUGACUUCGGAAUUUGACUAUGAAGCUCUCUUCGACAAGGAACACACACAAGAGCUUGCUACAUCAAUCGUGAUAAUACGGUUGAUUUUCUUAGUAUUCUUAAUUUUAGCAGCCAUUGUGUUAAUGAAUCUGAUGGUCGGUGUAGCAGUUAGUGACAUUAACGAUCUAGAAAUAUUAGGAAAUAUAGACAGACUCGCUAAACGUGUAGAAUUCCUUUCAACUUUAGACAACUUAGUUUACAAUAGAUUCUUCAGUUCUAUUUUACCAAAUAAACUAAAUGAACACAUUAAAAACAAACGAAAAGUUUCGAAUAAGAUUAUAUUAUGUCCGGGCAAGCCAAGAUGGAAGUAUUAUAAAUUAUUACCGACAUACAUAAGAGAUGCCAUUUUAACUAUUGCCCAAGAACAAAAAGAAAUGAAAGAGGAAGAAAUAGACAUGGAGGAAUUUAGAACGAAAAUAGAUGAGAUGCAUGAAGUCAUAACCAAACUAGGAAAAAAGAAAGAAACAAAAGUAGAUUUUGUUACAUUAGAGAAAAAGGUUACAAAAAAUAUUAAAUUUGAUGAGAUUCAAAAACGUUUCACCGAUAUAGACAAUGGUAUUGUUCAAGUCAAGGAACAAAUGAUUGAAAAUGUCGGACAAGCAAUUUGUCCUGUAGACAAAUUAAACGUUAAAGUUGAUCAGUUAUCCCUAGACGUAGAAGCGAUAAAAGAAAUGCUAGCUCGAUUAGAAAGGAAAUUAGGAACGCUAUAG